UCCCUGCUCCCCACCCGCCCCUUUCCUCCCUUGCAUAUGAAAAGAAAGGAGGGAACAGAGGGGGAUAAGGAGAACGGCAGCUCUGGGAGGAGGAGGAGGAGCUGCGCCUCUUUGGCCAGGAGGUGGGAAAGUGAAAAAAGCUGGAUCUAGCCACACAGAAGCAAAGCCGGUCUUGCCUGUCCAGCCAGCAGCAGCAGCAGCAGCAGCAAGAACAGAACUGCCAUCUGUAGUAGGGCGACUUUCAUCAGAAGCCCCCUCCCUCUUUCCCGCCCCUCCCCAACUUCCCCAAACUUCCCCAAGUCCCGCUCCCGCAGCUCUGGGCACUCCACAAAGUUGCCUCAGCGCGCAAGCCCUAGGGUGUGAUCCGAUCCAGCGCUGGACCUGAGGAGGGGGGGUAGGAGGACAGUCAGUUUUCCUUGCUCUUCUUCUUCUCCUUCUUCUCCUUCUCCACCGCCCCUCCUCCCGCAGCCCUUGCAGCAGGCUUCGCCUGAGAGGAACAUAUCUGGCUCCCGUUGGUCCCCGACUCGGGAACUGGGAAGAAGGAAGUCCACUGACGAGUCCCUCCGCAGAGAAGGGGCAGCAGGAGAGAGAGGCGAGUGCCCGGCGGCGGCGCCAUCGCUGGCCCCGGGAGGUGUGGGUGCUGUGCUGCUGCUAGGCUGCUGCUAGGGUGAAGGCUCCGGGGCGAUGCUGCUGCCGCCCGCCUUCCUGGUUGCCCUGGCCGGGCUGCUGCUGGCGAGCUGGGCGCCGCCGCCGCCGGCGGAGGGCGCGGCGUGCGAGCCGGUGCGUAUCCCGCUCUGCAAGUCGCUGCCCUGGAACAUGACCAAGAUGCCCAACCACCUGCACCACAGCACGCAGGCCAACGCCAUCCUGGCCAUGGAGCAGUUCGAAGGGCUGCUGGGCGUCCACUGCAGCCCGGACCUGCUCUUCUUCCUCUGCGCCAUGUACGCGCCCAUCUGCACCAUCGACUUCCAGCACGAGCCCAUCAAGCCCUGCAAGUCCGUCUGCGAGAGGGCCCGGGCGGGCUGCGAGCCCGUCCUCAUCAAGUACGGCCACGCCUGGCCCGAAAGCCUGGCCUGCGACGAGCUGCCCGUCUACGACCGAGGCGUCUGCAUCUCCCCAGAGGCCAUCGUCACUGCCGAGGGAUCCGAUUUCCCUAUGGAUUCUAAUAAUGGCAACUGUAGAGGCACCGGCACUGAGCGCUGCAAAUGCAAGCCUAUAAAAGCUACCCAGAAGACUUAUCUUCGGAACAAUUACAACUAUGUAAUUCGGGCUAAAGUAAAAGAGGUGAAGACCAAAUGUCAUGAUAUCACUGCAGUAGUUGAAGUAAAGGAGAUUUUGAAAUCAUCAUUGGUGAACAUUCCUAGGGACAUUGUUAACUUGUAUACAAACUCUGGUUGCCUGUGCCCACCUCUCAAUGCUAAUGAAGAAUACAUCAUUAUGGGCUAUGAAGAUGAAGAACGCUCCAGGUUACUCCUGGUAGAAGGUUCCAUAGCUGAAAAAUGGAAGGACCGUCUUGGUAAAAAAGUAAAGCGAUGGGAUCAAAAACUCCGUCAUCCUGGAAAAGGCCGCAAUGAACCCGGACAAAGUGAUUCUGCUCAAAAAUCUGGAAGAACCAGCAAUCCACGGCAAAGGCGCAACUAGAAGCAAAAUGUCACAUAUUAAGAGAAAUCCAUGGACUUAUAUAAAUUAAAGACUUGCCUUGUUGGAGCAGCAAAAGAGAAAUUGCACUAUUGCACGUUGUAUUUCUAUUGUUUACUAUGAGACCAUGUUGUAGUCAAUAUUAGUUUUAUAUUCUCAUUUGUUUUUUCUGGCCCCUUGUAUUUGUAGUUAUAUAAACACUCAGACAAAAUUGUAUAUUGUACUACAAAUAGCUGUGGACUACAUCUAUAUGAGUGUUUUUGAAUUGGCAAAUGUGAUGAGUUAGCCAUGGCCAUUAUGUGUACACAGUUACUCCAAGCCAGAGAUUUGUGCACACUCUGUAUGUGCAUCAUUGACACACACAAGCUGCCCCAUUCAGUUCAGCAGCAGCACCCUAUGAAUGAUUUUUCUAUGCACAAUGAGUAGAUCAUGACAGAGGUCAGGGGAGGCAGUGAAACGUAGAAACAGAUACAGGGCCAGUUCAGAAGACCAUCUCCCCAAGUGGAUAUUUUGUAUAGUGAAGGGAUGAGAUCGUGCCUUUGUGCUCUCCCACUAUGCCAUGCCUGGUAAGAAUCAUUCCAUAGGGCUUACAUGCAUAACAUCCAAUGUUUGUAGGCCCUAGGCAUUUUGUUAGUAGUCUGCAUAUGAUGGGGACAUCAACUGCACAUUCUGGGCAUAUACACAACUGUGAUGUGGGGUGGAAAGGCAUGUUUUUGUUCCUCUCACUAUAUAUUGUCUCUGUUUUGAGAUAAAAAUCAUCUGAACUAGUCCAUAGUAACACAUAAGAUUGGGAUCAAGUGUACAUUCAGAAUCUGAAUUUUUCUUUAUGUGAAAACUGUAUGGGCCACACAUGCAUACAAAUUAAGAAUGGCAGGGGAUUGUAAAAACUGGGAGAGGGAGGGCAGGUGAACCACCUUAGUUUUGCAAAAUACAAAGAAGAUUGGAGAUAGCAAAAGAUAACAAUAAUACUUUGAAAGGAACCUAUGUAGGGUGGAAGUUCUGUUGCUUUUAGAGUUCAUUUCCCCCCUCCAACUGAAAGUCCUUGUUGGCAGUACGGAAAAAGGAUUAUACAAAGAGCUCAGUUGAUACCAGAGUAGGUCUGUUAAAUGUCAAUUCCUCUUCAAUAAACCACUUGUAUUAAGUCUAGCUUUAAAACAUUAACCAUGACAAAUACCGCACGGAGGGCUUGCUUCUGAAUGUCUUAAUCCUUGUGGGAAAGGUUGUAUAGAAUUGUUAAGUCUCGCCAGAAGUUAUGUUAUACUUGCUCUCUGAUAACACCCCACCCCCCCUUUUUUGUUGCUUGCUUUUAUGGGUUGUCGGACUAGACUGCCUUCACAGGCCUGCUUCUUGGCAUAGGCCUGCACUUUAUCACCAUGACUGUCUUUCAGUGCCUACACUAAACAGCAGUGUCCAAUGGUCAGUACUGGAGAUGUGUAAGAAAGGAACUGCAGCUACAAUGAAGGUUCCAGCCAUGCUCCAUAAAACUAGUCUCACAUAAGAACUGCAGUAGGGGACAGAGACUUCAUCCUGGCAAUACACGUACCUUUCUCUAGCCUGUGCUGUACUUCUGUUCAACACGUAACAGCAGGUCAUCCUGCUGAUCACUUCAUUUAAGCCUUACAUGCCAGCGCCAAUAGUUGGAAAUUGUAAUUUUACCUCUUCUUUGUAAUUCAAACUAUCAGUAGGAUACUGAACUAAAAUAAAACAGAUAUUUUAGCAGAAAAUAAAACAUUUAUGUUACAAAUUG